AUGUUUCCCCUGCGUGGAAAGUGUGUGGUGGAGCAAAUGGAAAAACCUUGGUUGAAACGAACAGAGAUUUGUACUCACACCGAACAAGAAAGAUGCAUGAUUGGAACAUGGUGCACACCAGAGUUGCAAAAAGCGGUGGAGUUGGGAUAUCAGGUGAAGAAAAUCUAUGAAGUUUAGCAUUUCCCCGAGGAUCAGCGUAGAGAGGGUUUGUUUGCUGACUAUGUCAACAAAUCGCUCAAAACAAGCAAGAAGCAACGGGUUGGCCUAAGGAUUGCGCGACAGAGGACCAAAAAGCAGCGUACAUCCAGGCGUACGAAGAACGAGAAGGCAUCAAGCUUGAAAACGUCGAAAAGAAUCCUGGUAGAUAAGGAGUGGCCAAAUUGAUGUUGGACAGGUAAGUGUCUCUUCCAGAAGGGUUUGACUUUUGUUGAAUGUCAUCUAAUAUUAGUUUUUUAAUUGUACAGUUUUUGGGGUAAAUUUGUUGAAAAACCAAACAAAACCCAAACGUUUACCGUCACAAACCCUACUGAGUUUUAUGACAUCAUAGAGGAUGCUGGGAACAAAAUUCAUGACAUACGAAUUUGCACAGACGAGAUGGAAGAGGUCGAUGUUAGCAAAGUCGAUGAGGAAGUGAUACCCAGCAGUAAAACCAACAUCUUCAUCGCAAGUUUUACAACAUCUUGAGCAAGAUUAGAGUUAUACUCCUAUCUGGAAACCUUACAAGAGCAAGUCUUGUAUUUCGACACUGAUUCUGUGUUUUAUCUUUGGCGUGAUGGAUUACCUUAGGUGAAAACAGGUCUGUUUUUGGGAGAAAUGAAAGACGAGACAGAAGGUGUACCCAUCAAGGAGUUUGUCACAGGUGGUCCAAAAAAUUACACUUAUAAGUUACAAAACGGAAAACCUGAAUGCAAAAUACGCGGCUUCACUUUAGAUGAACACGGCAGUGGCAUACUCAAUUUCGACUCAAUGAAACAUCACAUCUUAACAGAAAUAUAUGACCCACAAGAUAAAAGGAGAACGAUGGAUGUACCUUAACUUAACUUUAACUUAACGAAAAAAGAAAACAUUAACAUUAGCAUUAACUUAACGAAAAACGAAACCGAACCACAAAAGAAAACCAGUCUAGAGCCAAAAGUCAAGAAAUAUGGCUUAGUGUUUGAUAAACGGGUGAUAAAAACAGAAGACUGCAGUAGUAGACCCUAUGGCUACGAGUGGGUUUGAGACACGACAUAGAUCUUUUAUGGUCAUUGUAGUUUGCAUGAGGGUGUUAACUUACAAUAAAGUUCAUUUGAAAAAGAAUAUGACGGUGUGUUUUAUUGAGUGAAAGCUUAUUUCAACCCCAACCCCAACCCUAAUCAGUCGGGUGCAGUGUUUAACCCUAAUCAGUCGAGGGCAGUGUUUAACCCUAAUCUGUGGGUGGUGUGUUUUGACUAAAAUCAGUGAGGAAACUGGAAACAAGAGGGGGAACUGGGCAUGAAUGAAAGAAAUGACGUCAUUACCCAUGAUUGGGCAUAAGUGUAGAAAAUCUGCUAACUCAACCUAUUUCAAUCAUAAAGAGUGCAGAAGUCUAGUAGUUGAAAAGAUGCAAUAACUUACUAUGCGUGAUUUGGAAAUAUUUUCCAAUUGGAAGGAAAAGCGACCAACAAGACCCCAUUGGUAUAAUUUAUACAACCCACUAAUCAAGAUUGAUUUAGUGGAAAGAGCUGACAGAUUUGUUACCUGCAAUGAUAAGGUGGAAGAAAUUGAACUAGAGGUGAACGUAAAACAACUUCGGAAUCCAGAACCACAUAAAUCGUUAUUGAUGGCAAUGAGUGAUACUUUAUUGCACGAGCUUCAACGGUUGAUUGCGGAACCUGGUUUUCCUAUGAAAUCGCUCACAUGUCUAUCACUCCAAGGUGUGGAACCGUUACCAUUACCGUUAACAUGCAAUUUAGGCAUAUUACACCAAUAUUCCCGUCUUCGCCUACUUUCCAUGGACGGUGCUAUUGACAAGAACCUUACUGGCCAUGGUUUAUUGGUUUAGUCAGAAAUGGAUGAUGGAACGUACAAUAACUCAAUCCUUUCGUGCUUUCGUAGAAUUUAGACUAGUUCUGUCACUCAUUCACCGUAAUAUGGAAUGACGUCACAAUGGAUGAAUGAAUUCAAGUUUUAUACAGAGUUGUGCAUAUUUCUGUUGCAAAUCGGCUUAUUCUAGACCAACACACAAGUCAAACACUACAUCCCAAAAAUACGAAUUUUAAAAAAUUGAAAAUCAGAAAAAGUUGGAUUUUUAGGCAGUUUGAAUUUUUGGGCCCUUGCAUUUUAUGUUUGCAAACGCUAAGUUGUGGUGUUUUACUGCAUUUAAGCCACGCUCAUCUUGUUUAUGGUGUUUUACCAUUGCGAAAAAUUGGGCACAUUGAAAGUUUUCGGUUAACCAACAUGCGUGAGGGAUGAUACAUAAACCCUAACCUAUUAACCUAUUAACCCUAACCCUAAUCUAUUUAUCAUAUUAACCAUAACCCUAACCCUAACCCCUUGGGUUUAACCCUAACUCACAAAUAUGGGCAAACGAUGACGUCAUGGAAUGGAUGACGGUACAGGUUUAUUUUUAGCGAUGACGUAAGGGACCAAUGACAUCACUUGGGCAUAACUUGGGCAUGUCUAGACAGUGACGUCAAAGACAGAGCAAUAAAUCACUCUCCCUGUCACGCAAAAGAUCAGGGUUCGAUUCCGAGACGUUAUUUUUGAUGUUGAUCCUUUUAUCAUUGUGGGGAAUACUUUCUUAUUUUUAUCCCAUCACUUUCACCGGGAAAUCAGUGGUCUACUGAGAGUACUGGUACAACAUUUUUGCUGAUCUGAAGGUUGAGGGCUGGAGACCUACUCAUACGCCUUAAACAUUUUUUUCUUUUUUUUAUGACCGGGAAAAUACUGUCAGAGAGUGUAUGAUAUUCUAGGGGUAACGUUAAAGUUCAAUCAUUGGGAAAAAAGGACUGAAUGUGACUAAAACUACUAUAGCGACGACCGAAAUCAAAUGAUUGCGAAGCGGUAACAGGAAUAAAGUAACUGCGAAGCGAUGACUGAGGUAAAUUGUAUGCGAAGCGAUGGCAGAGUUAAAGUGACUGAGAAGCGAUGAUCGCAAUUAAAUGACUGCGAAGCAAUGACUGAAAAGCAAUGAUCGAAAUUAUGUAGUCGGUCAUAUUACUAACUGAUACUACUUAGAAUUAAUGUAUUCUACUUCUAAUCGUUUUUUCUUCGUUUUUCUUCGUGUUUCUGUAGUUUUUAUUCGUUUUUCUUUGUUGUUAUAAGUUAUUGAAUUAAUUACAUAUAGAAGAAGAAUUAAGAGACCUUUUAGGUAGGGGUUGAACUCAUGACCUCUGGAUCUGUCUUACCUGCACGCGAUCCCACCUACACUAUUGCAGAUUGGCUAAGAAUGAGCUCGUAAAUUUGUGUAUAGAAAAGUACUGAUCGAUGUCAUAACCAUGAAUUACAUCUCAAUCACUUUACAAUAGUUGCAAUUCAAUCAUUUUGUAAUGUUGCGUACUUUUAACUCUGUCAUCGCUUCUCAGUUAUACGAUAUUGGUCAUCACUUCGCAGUCAUUUGCUUUCGGUCAUCGCUUCGCAGUUACUUUAACUCUGCCAUCGCUUCGAAAGUCAAUUAAUUUCGUUCCUCGCUUCGCAGUCAAUUAAUUUCAGUCAUCGCUUUUGCGUGCACUUUAUCUUCGGCCAUCGCUUCACAGUCAUUUUAACUCAGUCAUUGCUUCGCAGUCACUUUAACUCUGCCAUCGUUUCGCAGUCACUUUACAUCAGUCAUUGCUUUGCGGUCAUUUAAUUUAAUUAAAUAUACAGACCUGAACGAAACCACGAGGCUUAUAACGAGUCAGGUCUCCUCAACUUAGGAUAAACUAGUCGUGAUAAUAUAAUUACAAUAUGGGCUUAUGACCGCGGACUCGCGCACAUACACAUACACACACACAUGUUAAUUUAAUUAAGCUAAUAAUCUAAUUAGAGCCAUACUGAAGCUAAUAUGUACUAAGAAGGAAUUCUUUAAGCUUUCUUUUGAAAGAAGCGGAGGUGGACGAACCAGUUAUAGAAGAAUUCAGCGAAUUAUAAAACUUUGGACCUUGGAAAUAAAUUGAGAACUGUCUGGUGUUCUUUCUGCAUAAUGGCAAGCGAUAUGAGUGGGCAUUCAACAUAAAAAAAACAUAUUGAAACGAAUGGAUAUCAUGAAAUUUUAAAAGAUUAAGCUCCUUAAAGAUGGGACUAGUGUUGGCAUCGUAGGUAGAGUUGUUCACUAUUCUUAGUGCACGUUUCUGUAAGAUUACAAUUCGUUGAACGUUCGCUUUAUAGGUGCCACCCCAAACUAGAUUGCAAUAGUAUAAGUAUGGAAAUAUCAUUGAAUUGUACAAGGUACGGAGAGAUUAAGAGAGUGUCUCUGUAAGAGCGGUCCGGUCGAUUUUCCUUGAGACAGAUUUAGCUCAUUUCUUAUGUGUUGUAAGACAUUCAUGUCCCUAUACUAAAACCACAAUCCGUUUGAUCGGAUCUCUUUAUUUUUCAGAGUUUUACGGAAAUUAAAUUUCACUCGACCGAAGGCCUGUCGUGUCGUCGGUCAAAACCAACAAGUUUUACUGCUGCUUAUAGCAGGGCUGUCCGCGUUGUUUCCAUGGCAGUAUGUUACACUAUUCUAGUGUCCACUCGGAUCGCACCAAACUGGAGUUGUAUCAAGCAACUUGUAAGAAAGAAGCCCUCCUCUGCAAAGGGGGUUAGAGUAGUGUCGCAGUGGUAGUGUCGCUGGGCGAGCUCUGCAAGUCCGACCCAACUCGCAACUUUGUGUCCAGGCGUCAAUUCACCCUCUCCUCACUGAAUCCGCGCGAUGGUUUCUUUAAUGGUAGGACCAACACCUGUCAGUUGUAUGGCAAAGUCAAUGAAUCCCGGGGGGAGGAAAUCCGGUACGUGGAUGUCACCUCGUUGCAUCCGACCGUCAACAAAUACGACGUUUAUCCCGUGAGUCAUACGACCGUCCUCACCAAUCCAGUGGAAGACAUUGGGUAGCAUUUUGGCAUCGCAGACUGUACGGUGCUAGCGCUCGCACCCCUAGCAACUCUCCAGCACGUUUUGCCGUAUCGCCGUGGCGGCAAAAUUAUCUUUCCCCUGUGCAAAACCUGUGUAGAAGAAAAACUGCCUAGACCGCUGACGGAAAUAACAUGGGCGUGCAAACAUUUGCGGCAGGACCGAGCCAUUCGUGCCACCUAG